CUCCCUCCGCAGCGCUCGACCUCCCUCCGCAGCUCCUCCUCCCUCGUGCCUUCUCACUGUCGCACUCGAAUCAGAGCAGAACCAGGUCUCACCGUCGAAGUUGCGCCGCCGCGUCUCCGCUCCAUCGCCGAGACUGUCUGCCACGGUUGCCUCUCUACGCCGUCGCUUCUCUGCCACAGUUGUCGCUCUUUCCCUCUGUUACUGCCUGGGGAUUUUGCUUUCUGCUUCUUCUUCCAUUGAGGACCUUCGACGAGCUGCUGCCAAUUCUCGAAGGAGUCGAAAUGAUUGAUUUUGACAUGUUCGAUGAUGACGAUGAACGAGUGUUUUUCAUCAUUCGAAUGGUUUUUGUCUUCAUCUUCUUUUGGUUAAAAGACCGACCAUCAUCUAGGAGGAUUGUUCAUCUAUUUCGAGAUGCUGGUACAUCUUUUGUCCAACUAAUGCUUCGCGGUCAUCCUAGAAAUUGUUUGGACUUACUCCGUAUGGAAGGGCAUACAUAUAUGAGACUGUGUAACAUUCUAAGGGAUAGAAAUUUGUUGGAGGAUGCUCGUGACAUUACCGUAGAAGAACAAGUAGCAAUAUUGCUUUCGACAAUUGGACAUAAUGAACGGAAUCGUGUUGUUCAAAAUAUGUUUCAACAUUCCGGACAAACAAUAAGUAAAUAUGUCAGCCUAGUGCUACGAGCGAUAUGUAUACUGGGUAAGGAUUACGUUCGCCGGCCCAAUGAUGAGAUGAUGCCAGCACAUAUUCGACAUUCUAAACGAUUCUUUCCAUAUUUUGAGAAUUGUUUAGGAGCAAUCGAUGGCACACAUAUACCUGCUUGGGUCCCUUUUUCAGAUCAAGCAAGGUUUCGCAAUAGAAAAUGUUUCGUUUCUCAAAACGUCAUGGCUGUAGUCGGCCUAGAUACUAGAUUCCACUACGUUUUGGCUGGAUGGGAAGGAAGUGCAAUAGACUCAAGAGUAUUGUACAAUGCACUAGAUCAUGAAACAGACCCAUUUGUUGUUCCAGAAGGACAACGAAGAUGAUGCCCCGCCAAAAGUACUAUGUGGUUUUCGAAGGGCGUGAGCGAGGCAUAUAUGACAGCUGGGAGCGGUGCCAACCAUUAGUCUAUCGGUACAAGGGUGCCAUCUUCAGAUCGUUUGAUUCAUUAGAAGUAGCAGAAAAUCACAUGCAUGAGUAUGUCUAGAACAAGUAUGGUGUGCAAGUACGCAGGUCUCCGCUCAUUGAAGAUGUCAUCGCAAAGCAAGAUAAGUUUGAAAAACGGAAGUGCAGCCACAAAUGUUGGAUUACUUGUUUUGUGAUUACAUGUUUUCUUUGUUGGAUAUGUACUCAUUAAACUUUUUUUUUUGUUCUUAGUAGAAAAUACACCCUUUUGUGGAUUUGUACUCAUGUAACUUUUGUGAAGAUGUACUUUUGUGGAUAAAACUUUGUUAUCCUUUUAAAGUUCAUUUCGUCAACAAUU